CAGGAUAGAGAGGUGCUGGAGCACACUUUUCCUGAAGCUUCUCAGCACAGGAUGACUAGGGGAAGAGGCUUGUCCUCCCACCAGGACAAGGGCAGGCUGGAGGGCUCUGCAGGUCUGGGGGAGCAGGCGCAGGAGGACAAGGGGCCCUUGGACAUGGGAGUUGGCUCCUCUGACCACCUGUCUUCCCACAGUGCGGAUCAGGCUCUGGACCGGUUUGCAAUGAAGCGAUUCUAUGAGGAUAAGAUUGUGCCCAUUGGCCAGCCAUCCCAAAGAAGGUACGUGCAUUACUUCAGCGGCCUGCUCUCCGGCUCCAUCAAAAUGAACAACAAGCCCUUGUUUCUGCACCACGUGAUCAUGCAUGGAAUCCCCAACUUUGAGUCUAAAGGAGGGUGCCGGCCGUUUCUCCGCAUCUACCAGGCCAUGCAACCUGUUUACACGUCUGGCAUCUACAACAUCCCAGGGGACAGCCAGACCAGCGUCUGCAUCACCAUCGAGCCAGGGCUGCUCUUGAAGGGGGACAUCUUGCUGAAGUGCUACCACAAGAAGUUCCGGAGCCCGGCCCGCGACGUCAUCUUCCGUGUGCAGUUCCACACCUGCGCCAUCCAUGACUUGGGGGUUGUCUUUGGCAAGGAAGACCUUGAUGAUGCCUUCAAAGAUGAUCGAUUUCCAGAAUAUGGCAAAGUGGAAUUUGUAUUUUCUUAUGGGCCGGAGAAAAUUCAUGGCAUGGAGCACUUGGAGAACGGGCCCAGCGUGUCCGUGGACUACAACACCUCUGACCCCCUGAUCCGCUGGGACUCCUACGACAACUUCGGUGGGCAUCGCGAGGACGGCAUGGAGGAGGUGGUGGGGCACACCCAGGGGCCGCUGGACGGAAGCCUGUAUGCCAAGGUGAAGAAGAAGGACUCCCUGCACGGCAGCACUGGGGCCGUCAAUGCCACACGCCCCAUCCUGUCGGCCACCCCCAACCACGUGGAGCACACACUGUCUGUGAGCAGUGACUCGGGCAACUCCACGGCCUCCACCAAGACAGACAAGACCGAUGAGCCUGUCCCCGGGCCCUCCAGCGUCCCUGCUGCCCUGAGUCCUGAAGAAAAGCAGGAGCUGGAUCGCCUGCUGAGUGGCUUUGGCUUAGAGCGAGAGAAGCAAGCUGCCAUGUACCACCCCCAGCACCUCAGGUCCCACCCGGCGGGGGGCCCGGCUGCGCCCUCCUCAGGCCACCAUGUUGUCCCAGCCCAGGUUCAUGUCAACGGCAGGGCCUUGGCAUCUGAACGGGAGACAGACAUCCUGGACGAUGAGCUGCCCAACCAGGAUGGGCACAGCGUGGGCAGCAUGGGCACGCUGUCCUCCCUGGACGGGGUCACCAACACCAGUGAGGCGGGCUACUCAGAGGCCCUGUCCCCACUUCCCAAUGGUCUGGACAAGCCCUACCCCGUGGAGUCUAUGGUCAAUGGCGGGGGCUACUCCUACGAGCCCGCCAGCCGGGCAGUGCCUGCCCACGCCAGCCACACGGCCCCCAUGCGGCCCUCCUACUCCGCACAGGAGGGUUUAGCUGGCUACCAGCGGGAGGGGCCCCACCCAGCCUGGACACAGCCAAUGACCACCUCCCACUGUGGUCACGACCCCAGCGGUAUGUUCCGAUCUCAGUCCUUUUCGGAAGCUGAGCCCCAGCUGCCCCCAGCUCCAGCCCGUGGGGGAAGCAGCCGGGAGGCCGUGCAGAGGGGGCUGAAUUCAUGGCAGCAGCAGCAGCAGCAGCAGCCUUGCCCACCUCCUCGCCAGCAGGAAAGAGCCCCCUUGGAGAAUCUUGUGACCAGCAGGCCCAGCCCCCAGCCAUUGGCAGAGACCCCCAUCCCCGGGCUCCCUGAGUUCCCAAGGGCAGCCUCCCGGCAGGAGAUCGAGCAGUCCAUCGAAGCACUCAACAUGCUGAUGCUGGAUCUGGAGCCGGCCUCGGCCGCUGCCCCCCUGCACAAGUCCCAGAGUGUCCCAGGGGCCUGGCCAGGGGCUUCCCCACUCUCUUCCCAGCCCCUCUCCAGCUCCUCCCGCCAGUCCCACCCACUGACCCAGUCCAGAUCUGGCUAUAUCCCCAGUGGGCAUUCUCUGGGAACUCCUGAGUUGGCCCCACAGGCCGCCCUGGAGUCUGUCCCUCCAGGCAGGUCUUACUCACCUUACGAUUACCAGCCGUGUCCAGCUGGGCCCAGCCAGGGUUUCCGUCCCAAGAGCCCAGCCUCCUCCUCCUUGCCUGCCUUCCUUCCAAACUCCCACACCCCUCCAGGGCCUCAGCAGCCCCCAGCCUCUCUCCCUGGCCUCACUGCUCAGCCACAGCUCCCCCCAAAGGAAGCGACUUCAGACCCCUCCCGAACUCCAGAGGAGGAGCCAUUGAAUCUGGAAGGGCUGGUGGCCCACAGGGUAGCAGCCUACAAUGCCAAACUGCAGGGCCUCGGGCACAGCGGCAGCUUCCGGCCCUCUCCUCUGCACCGGGCUUCCUCCCUCUCUGGGGUGCAGGCUCGGGAGAAACAGCCCGUAGAGCCCCCAGCCCCUCUCCGGAGACGGGCAGCCAGUGACGGACAGUAUGAGAACCAGUCUCCGGAAGCCACAUCCCCCCGUAGCCCCGGGGUUCGCUCUCCCGUCCAGUGCGUCUCCCCCGAGCUGGCUCUUACCAUCGCCCUCAAUCCGGGAGGGCGGCCCAAGGAGCCCCAUCUGCACAGCUACAAGGAAGCCUUCGAGGAGAUGGAGGGAACCGCCCCCAGCAGCCCACCACCCAGCGGGGUGCGAUCCCCGCCGGGUCUGGCCAAAACACCCCUGUCUGCUCUGGGCCUGAAACCCCACAAUCCAGCGGACAUCCUGCUGCACCCCACGGGUGUCACCAGAAGAGUGAUCCAGCCAGUGGAGGACGAGGGGGAGGUGGCGGUCCAGCUUCCCGAAGAGCCCCGCAGCUAUGUCGAGUCUGUGGCGCGGACAGCGGUGUCUGGACCCCGAGCUCAGGACCCUGAGCCCAAGAGCUUCAGCGCGCCAGCUGGCCAGGCCUAUGGCCAUGAGAUGCCCAUGAGGAAUGGGACCCUGGGCGGCUCCUUCGUCCCCCCCAGCCCCCUCUCCACCAGCAGCCCCAUCCUCAGCGCCGACAGCACUUCAGUGGGGAGCUUCCCGUCCGGGGAGAGCAGCGACCAGGGUCCCCGGACACCUACCCAGCCUCUGUUGGAAUCUGGCUUCCGUGCCGGCAGCCUGGGGCAGCCCAGCCCUUCAGCCCAGAGAAGCUACCAGAAUUCUUCUCCCCUCCCGACGGUGGGCAGCAGCUACAGCAGCCCCGACUACUCACUGCAGCAAUUCAGCUCCUCUCCGGAAAGCCAGGCCCGGUCUCAGUUCAGCGUGGCUGGCGUCCACGUGGUGCCUGGGAGCCCUCAGGCACGCCACAGGACAGUGGGCACCAACACUCCCCCGAGUCCCGGCUUCGGCCGGCGGGCCAUCAACCCUAGCAUGGCUGCCCCCAGCAGUCCCAGUUUGAGCCACCGCCAGGUGAUGGGUCCGCCAGGCACUGGUUUCCAUGGUAACGUGAUCUCCAGCCCCCAGAGCAGCACAAUGACCACUCCAGGGAGUCCCAGCCUAGGCCGGCACCCAGCGGGGGCCCACCAGGUUCCCAGCCUCCACAGCAGUGUGGCCACCACUCCGGGGAGUCCCAGCCUGGGCCGGCACCCUGGGGCCCACCAAGGCAACCUGGCCUCCGGUCUCCAUGGCAACGCAAUAGCCAGUCCUGGAAGCCCCAGCCUGGGCCGUCACCUGGGAGGGUCUGGAUCUGUGGUUCCUGGCAGCCCCAGCUUGGACCGGCACAUGGCUUACGGUGGCUACACCACCCCUGAGGACCGGAGACCCACGGUGUCCCGGCAGAGCAGUGCCUCCGGCUACCAGGCUCCUUCCACGCCCUCCUUCCCCGUCUCCCCGGCCUACUACCCCGGCCUGAGCAGCCCUGCCACCUCCCCGUCACCGGACUCAGCAGCCUUCCGACAAGGGAGCCCGACGCCGGCCUUGCCAGAGAAGCGGAGGAUGUCCGUGGGAGACCGGGCCGGCAGCCUCCCCAACUACGCCACUAUCAACGGGAAGGUGUCCUCGCCCGUCGCCAGUGGCAUGUCCAGUCCCAGCGGCGGCAGCACUGUCUCCUUCUCCCACACUCUGCCGGACUUCUCCAAGUACUCCAUGCCAGACAACAGCCCCGAGACACGGGCUAAAGUGAAAUUUGUCCAGGACACUUCCAAGUAUUGGUACAAGCCUGAGAUCUCCAGGGAGCAGGCUAUCGCACUCCUCAAGGACCAGGAGCCAGGGGCCUUCAUCAUCCGUGACAGCCACUCCUUCCGCGGGGCCUAUGGGCUGGCCAUGAAGGUGUCUUCGCCCCCUCCGACCAUCAUGCAGCAGAAUAAAAAAGGAGACAUGACCCAUGAGCUGGUGAGGCAUUUCCUGAUAGAGACCGGACCCAGGGGAGUCAAGCUGAAGGGGUGCCCCAAUGAGCCGAACUUCGGCUCCCUGUCUGCCCUGGUCUACCAGCACUCCAUCAUCCCGCUGGCUCUGCCCUGCAAGCUGGUCAUUCCCAACCGAGACCCCACAGAUGAAUCGAAAGAUAGCUCUGGCCCUGCUAACUCAACCGCCGACCUGCUGAAGCAAGGGGCAGCCUGCAACGUGCUCUUUGUUAACUCUGUGGACAUGGAGUCCCUCACUGGGCCCCAGGCCAUCUCCAAAGCCACAUCUGAGACAUUGGCUGCUGACCCCACACCAGCUGCCACCAUCGUUCACUUCAAGGUCUCUGCCCAGGGAAUCACUCUGACUGACAACCAGAGAAAGCUCUUCUUCAGACGACACUACCCCCUCAACACUGUCACCUUCUGUGACCUGGAUCCACAGGAAAGAAAGUGGAUGAAAACAGAGGGAGGCGCCCCUGCUAAGCUCUUUGGCUUCGUGGCCCGGAAGCAGGGCAGCACCACGGACAACGCCUGCCACCUCUUCGCGGAGCUCGACCCCAACCAGCCAGCCUCUGCCAUUGUCAACUUCGUCUCCAAGGUCAUGCUGAGUGCCGGCCAGAAGAGAUGAGCCCACCCCUUGCCCUGGGCCAGUGCAGUGGGGACGGGGCCCAUGGGGAGGGGACCCAGGAAUCCUGACCACCCUUGAAUCCAGAAGGAGGACUUUGGGCCAAGUUUGGAGAAGGAGAGAAGAAAGUGCAACGUGGGGAGAGGGAAGUGAAUUGCAGAGGGGAGGGGGGAAGAGAGGGAGACCGAAGGAGAAAGAUGGCGGAGAAGAACUCAGAUUCCCCUGGGUGAUGGAAAUUUCAAAAACCCAAAGCCUCCAAAACUAACCAGGUCCCCCUAACUCCCCCUUCCCCCCUCCUAGAGGAGAAGGAACAAGCCUCCUUGGGGAUCCAUAUGUUUGGGGGAAUGGAAAAGCCCCGUCUUCCUAACCCAACUGCUUUGCAAGGAGAAAUCAAGCUUUUUCUGGCCACCUAGGGUAGGUUGUCAAACCAAACAGAACCAGCGUGGGACAUCAAGCGGGAGAAUUUUCUGUUUUGAAAGUAUCUCAGACCCAGGGCACCUCAGGUCUCUUCGCUGUGCCUCUGAUGUAUUGUGUGUGGGAGUGUGUCUGCACCCACACCUCACGUGCUGAUUCAUACUUGCCUCUGUCGGCUAGAAUUAUGAACGGCUGUCCUCGUCUGUGUCCCAUGUGUUUGCAGACACAAUGUCCAAAGAAGGUUAGGGUGUUAGGGGUGACAGGGCAGCAGGAAGGGACAGAAACCCUCUUUUGCAGGAGCACCCAAGCUGUGAGUGACAGGGGCUCUCUCUCCUGGUCCCUGCACCUGCACUCUUGUGGCCCUUGGUGCCACCAGCCUUUCUCCUCCACAAAGACCCCAGCGGGAGUGGGGGUGGCCGCCCCUGCAGCUUAACCCCGUUCUGCCUUAACUGGGGGGUGGGAGCUUUGGCUUGAGGAGGUGAGGAUAUGUGUGUCCGUGGCCUUGGGGAAGAGCUCUGCCAGGAAGGACAGCUGCUGAGCUCGGACAUCUGCCCUGAGGUGCGCAGCCAGUGGCAAGGACGGUGGGUCGCCCCCGCUGGUGCCCUGGACUUUGCCUUAGCCCCCACCUCGCAGCCCCGUUCUUGGGUGUCAUGCCCCAGAACCAGCCUUAUCUCAGACUUGCUUAUCUGCAUGAUGCCUUUUUGGGGUCUGGAGAGCGAGCCUUCCUGCUCUGCCCUGCCCUAUUCUGUCUGUCCUGCAGGGUCCCCCUGCUGGGGUUCAUCCUGGGAACCUGUUUUCUGCUCAGCGAGGCCCAGGGGAGGAGCCUGUAGUCUUUUUCCUCCCCUCAGUACAUGUUCUGGGGUCCGACUUCAGCAGGCCCCCCUCCGCUGGGCUGCCCAGGGUGACAUCAGCAGAGGUCCUGGGGCUGCUACCUGUGUGCCACAUGGCCUACCUACAAUGCCAAAGCCUCACUGUUCCCCCUGCUGCCUUGGUUUCCCCAGCUGAGCCACACUGCCCAUGCAGAAGAGGGCAGAAGACAUGCAUUUGGGCCAAAGGGCCUAGGGCCGAUUUGGGCAGUUGGGAAAAACCCUGACCACCACCCAAAGACACUAAGCCAGAAUGGAAAAUUCACCAGGACUCCAUGCUUAAGCCUAGAGGGGUCCCCUAGAGAGAGGCAUUGUACUGAUAUUAUAAAUAUAUAUAAUAUAUACAUGAGACAUACUGACAGAAUCUGUAAGCUAAUAAAAUAUAAGAAAAGGUAAAAAAAAUAAUAGGUAAAUUGACAAGAAGUAUUUAUUGUUUUCCCAUAUUGCUUUACUGCCUUCCCUGGGCAUAAACCAAUUCUCAUCCCUUUUUAUAUGUCUAAGGAAAGCCUGAAACGUAGGGGGCCUUUAUUCUUGGAGCAGCCAGGGGUCCCCUGGCCCUGGCCUUCCCUAGACUUUGUCUGGGCUCAGUGCUGGGGUGGGGGAGCUGCACAUGUUCCACCUGUUUGGCCCCCUCAUUUUCUGGCCGACCAGCGGCCGGGCGGUCAGCUCCCAGGACGUGAGUGUGUGUGCGUGUGGGACGUGACUGUGUGGCACGCAGGGCUGUGUGUGCAUCUUUUGUGUUUUUUCUCCUCCAAGGAGCUGGAUCAGAGUGGAUAUUCUGUUUCAGGGAGUUGGAAAGGACGGUGGGGAGAAGGCGGUGGGGAGCAGGGGCUGAGGCCCCACCGGCCGCUACUUCCCGAAGAGUGAAAUCUCAUGCCUGGUGACCGAGGUCCCUCCAAAGUGCUCUUCCUUCUGAGAUAUUCAAGCCCCAAACCUGGGUUUCCCCCUCUCCUCGUUCCCUUGCUAACCCCAGAUCUCUUCCAAGAUGGAAGGAGAUGUAUGUUACCCCUUCCUUUGUAAAUAUCUUCACCCCCCCACUGGACAGCCGGGGGGCCACCUCCUGGGUGGGAAGUUCUCUCCACACUUGCGGCUGGAUGGGGCGACAGACCCCUCGGUAGCCAGACUCAGCCCGGGACUGAGUCUGGGAUCAGCCUUCACACCCACGUCCUCCCACCACCGCCCCCACAGCCACCCCGCAGGCACGGCCGCCCCUCCACGCCAGGCCCUAGCCGCGUGUGACCCCGCGGGAGGACCCAGGUCAGUGCUGGAACCUGGUAACUCUCUCCCAGCAUCCCUCUGGAAGGAGCCGGUUUCUGAGAGUUUGGCCGUGCGGGGAGAAAGACGGGAAGUGUCCCCAGUCUCACCAGAGCCCUCUUGUGUCUCACAGGUAGGCGUGCCCCCCGCACACACACCACUCAGCACUGCAGUAUAUUCUUGCCAAAGAUUUCCUUUAAAAGAAAGCACUUUUACUAAUUAUUGUUAUUAUUUUAUAAGUGUUUAUCCUCUUUGUUCCUCUCCCUCCCUCCACCUGUUUUGCUGUUGUUUGUUGUUGAGUCUGUUUGUCAGCCAGGAGAGUGCUGUCUGGUCUUGAGUCCCACCUGGGGGGGGAGGGGCCGGGAGAAGCUGGCAGGAGAGAGCGGGAGAGGCGUGGCCAUCCCGAGAUGCAGCAGUGCAGACCCCGCAGGCUCUGGCCCCAGCCCCAAGGCCCUUGCUGCCACUAGCUGUGCAGCCAGUGUCUGCCGCAGGCCCCAGCAGGCUCCUGUGGGGUCUGGAGGCAAGAGAGAGAGAGCAGGAAAGGGACAUCUCUAAUUCAGCUAGAAGAGGGCCCAGUGAGCUCCAUGUGGCUCUUUCCAGGGGGAGCAAGAGGGAAGACUUGGACAUGGGAGCAAUAGAGAGGCCCCCACCCCCCAACCGUCCAUCACAGUGGACGUCCAUCACAGUUUACUUCGCCAGGUGUUCAAGGGAGAGACACAUCACACCCUAGGUUUGGGAGUGGCCUUUGACCCAUCUUAUCUGAGCCUCUCCCAGGCAGCUCUGAAAAGCCCAUGGAUUCCUUCUCCCCUGGUUUCGAGGAAUCCCUGGGUGUGUCAGAGACUGGCCAGGAUAGGGGUGGUAGCAUCUGGUGGCUUGUGACACAGCAAGGGAACAGCCUGCUGCACACGUGUGAUCGUGCCAUAAGGAGCUCUCAGGUAGUUGGGGAGUAGGGGAGCCUUUUGACUCGUGCUGAUGGGCCUGUGCAGAGGGCGGUGAGUGUGACAGCAUCUGUCCUCACUCCGACACUUGUCCACCACCUCUGCCUCGUAGGUCCUCUCCCCCUUCCUAGUUUUUUCCCAGGUUCAGAACCUAGAGUUCAAGUGGGCCAGUGCCCCAGCCAAGGAGCAGCCCACCCCUACCGCCACACUCAGGGGCCUUGAGAAGGCUGGGGGCCUGGGGGCCAGACCCACCUUUUCACCUGGGUCUGGGCCCUAGCAUCCUGAGACUCACGUUUCCUCGGCCAGUGGUAACAUAGGACGUGUGUGUGUGUGUGUAAGUGUGGAUGUACAUGUGCGCAUAGUAUUUUUUGCUCAUCUCUUUAGGGAACUUGGGGGUGGGGGCUGGAGGUGGUGGGCAGUGGGUGUCACGUCCAAGAUCACUCCGCAGCAAGGGGAAUCAGGAGGGGAGGCCUGUAGGGCCACUGGUUGGUGCAGUCUCAGUGUUGGGGGCGUCGGGCCGCCGGGCUCAGGCACAUCUGUUCCUUCUUGACUCCUCUGUCCUCCAGUGUCCAAAAUGUCGGAGGACCUCUGUUUAUAUCCACACCUGGGCUCUUCCCAACAGCGAAGUUAUUGUAGAGGGAUGUCUCAAGUUUGUUUUCUAAUCAGUGUUAAGCCGUUUGGAACUCUCCUGUGUGUCCGUGUUUGGUGUGUGCGUGUGAACGAGAGAGCACAUCAGUGCGUGCAUGCUGUGUGUCCCCGUCUCUCUCCUCCCUUCUGACCUAUCAUUCAAAAUAAAUGCAAGGAAUUCCUUACACCACCCUCCCUGCGUCCCAGGCCUUCUGCAGGAAAAACAGAAUAACCCAGCAUCCUCCCCGUGCCCUGGCUGUGUAUUUAUAUAGAUGGAAAUAUACUUUAUAUUUUGUAUCAUCCUGCCUAUAACCUCCACCACCUUGUAUAAACCCUGGUGUAUGCUACUUGUCCUGGACAUGAAUGUAUUGUACACUGAUGCUGUCCCCCUCCUGUACAGCUGCUUUGUUUCUUUGCAAUCCAUUGUAUGGCUUUAUAAAUGAUAAAGUUAAAGAAAAAUCUGUGCUGCUA